AUGAGGUACACGUGCCGGAUCGGUCGAACAGGCGCAUCACGCUUCGGUACGACGGUUCUUGCAGCUCCGUCAGCGCGUCGUCGGCGGGUCUCUCGAGAGUUUCUAUGCGCGUGCGUCGGUUCGAGGGCUUCGACUGACGCCGUGCUUCCGCGCGUGCACCGGAGCGUGGGGCCCGGAUCCGGCUCGUUGAACGUUUGGCCGUUCAAGGAGCCGGAUCUUGGAUGGUUGACUUCCACGCUCCGGUGCAAAUGUACACUGCAGGUCGCGCUGAAGCACGGCGUCGGCGUCGUUUCUCGCAGUUGGCUCGACGGCGCCCAACCCUCCGCUGCAGCUCAAACACCGAAGCGUGGAGCUUACGAUUUACUACGGCACGGGAUGGACACGUAG